UCCUCUGACGUUAUCAUCGGCAUUCACUCUGUGGGCUCCUCUCGGGGUGGUGCCUGCUGGUCUCAGUUUUGGGGUGAAGUGACAUUUGGCCUUGACUAGAAGAGGCAGGUUGUGGGGGGCAGGCAGGGUGCAGGUGAGGGAACUGAGGCAGAGCGGGCUGGGAGCAGAGGGGGUGUAGGGUCCUCCCAGGCUGACCCCCCAGAACCUGGGCCUGCAGGGCUGCUCUGGGGUCCAGGCUCCAAUGCAGCCUCAGCGCAGGCCCUGGUGGCCGGAGACAGGGCAGGGCAGGAGCUUCAAGUCACCCGCACCGGCAGCCCUCAAGGCUCCUUUGAUGGAAUCGGACCCAGGUGGACUCUAAGUGCCCUCCUGCUUGGAAACCCUGUCAGACCCUGCGUUUUCUACAGAGUGGCUAAGUUACACGGCUGUUCCGGAGGGUGAUGACGGACUGCAUCUGGGAUUGACGGGCCAGGUGAAUGAGAAGAUGUAGUGGACACCCCAGCGCCCGGGUGACACCUGCUGGGAGCUUGGUGUGGACACCCCAGCCACCCGCAGCCCAGCCGGAGCACCCUACCCCUGGGCACCCCCCGGCCAUCCAGCCUCACCAUGUCCAAGAGGGGCAUGGGCAGCCGGGCAAAGGGGGACAAGGCAGAAGCCCUCGCGGCGCUGCAGGCGGCCAACGAGGAUCUUCGAGCCAAGCUUACAGACAUCCAGAUCGAGCUGCAGCAGGAGAAGAGCAAGGUCAGCAAAGUGGAACGCGAGAAGAACCAGGAGCUGCGGCAGGUGCGCGAACAUGAGCAGCAUAAGACCGCGGUCUUGCUCACGGAGCUCAAGACAAAGCUGCACGAGGAGAAGAUGAAGGAGCUACAGGCCGUGCGUGAGACACUGCUGCGGCAGCACGAGGCCGAGCUGCUCAGGGUCAUCAAGAUCAAGGACAAUGAGAACCAGCGGCUGCAGGCACUGCUCAGCGCCCUGCGUGACGGCGGCCCCGAAAAGGUCAAGACCGUGCUGCUGUCUGAGGCCAAGGAGGAGGCCAAGAAGGGGUUCGAGGUGGAGAAGGUCAAGAUGCAGCAGGAGAUCUCCGAGCUCAAGGGCGCCAAGAGGCAGGUGGAGGAGGCGCGGACGCUGGUGAUCCAGGCGGACAAGAUCAAGGCCGCGGAGAUCCGCAGCGUGUACCACCUGCACCAGGAGGAGAUCACCCGCAUCAAGAAGGAGUGUGAGCGGGAGAUCCGCAGGCUGAUGGAGGAGAUAAAAUUUAAAGACAGAGCAGUCUUCGUGCUGGAGAGAGAGUUAGGGGUUCAAGCCGGGCAUGCUCAGAGACUGCAGCUCCAAAAAGAGGCUCUAGAUGAGCAGCUGUCCCAGGUCCGAGAGGCCGACCGGCAUCCGGGCAGCCCCAGACGGGAACUUCCUCAUGCAGCUGGUGCAGGAGACGCUUCAGACCACUCGGGAAGCCCUGAACAGCAGUUGGAUGAAAAAGAUGCCCGGCGCUUCCAGCUUAAAAUCGCAGAGUUAAGUGCGAUUAUCCGCAAACUGGAGGACCGCAACGCCUUGCUGUCGGAAGAGAGGAAUGAGCUGUUAAAGCGUGUAAGAGAAGCCGAGAGUCAGUACAAGCCUCUGCUGGAUAAAAACAAGCGCCUCAGUCGCAAGAACGAGGAUUUGUCUCACGCUUUACGCCGAAUGGAAAACAAGUUAAAAUUUGUCACCCAGGAGAACAUAGAAAUGAGACAGAGAGCCGGAAUCAUACGGCGACCCAGUUCCUUGAACGACCUGGAUCAAAGUCAGGAUGAGAGAGAAGUCGAUUUCUUGAAGCUUCAGAUUGUGGAGCAGCAAAACCUCAUAGAUGAACUGUCUAAGACCCUUGAGACCGCCGGCUACGUGAAGAGCGUGUUAGAGCGGGACAAGCUGUUAAGAUUCCGGAAGCAAAGAAAGAAAAUGGCAAAACUUCCCAAGCCGGUUGUUGUGGAGACCUUCUUUGGAUACGAUGAAGAGGCUUCCCUGGAAUCCGACGGUUCCUCCAUCUCUUACCAAACAGACAGGACGGACCAGACCCCGUGCACCCCAGACGAUGACUUGGAGGAGGGCAUGGCCAAGGAGGAGACGGAGCUGAGGUUCCGGCAGCUGACCAUGGAGUACCAGGCCCUGCAGCGCGCCUAUGCCUUGUUGCAGGAGCAGGUUGGAGGGACGCUAGACGCAGAGCGAGAAGUUAAGACCCGUGAGCAGCUACAAGCCGAAGUGCAGAGGGCGCAGGCGCGGAUACAGGACCUGGAGAAGGCCCUGGCGGAGCAGGGCCAGGAUAUGAAGUGGAUUGAAGAGAAGCAGGCGCUGUACCGGAGAAACCAAGAGCUUGUGGAAAAGAUCAAACAAAUGGAGGCGGAAGAGGCUCGGCUCAGACAUGAGGUGCAGGACGCCAGAGACCAAAACGAGCUGCUGGAGUUCAGGAUCCUGGAGCUUGAGGAGAGGGAGAGGAAGUCACCUGCCAUCAACUUCCACCACACGCCCUUCGUGGAUGGGAAGAGCCCCCUCCAGGUGUACUGCGAGGCUGAAGGCGUGACGGACAUUGUGGUCGCGGAGCUGAUGAAGAAGCUGGACAUCCUGGGCGAUAACGCCGUAAGUAACUUGACCAAUGAGGAGCAGGUGGUUGUCAUACAAGCCAGGACAGUCCUGACCUUGGCUGAAAAGUGGCUCCAGCAGAUUGAGGAGGCAGAGGCGGCGCUGCAGCGGAAGAUGGUGGAUCUGGAGAGCGAGAAGGAGCUGUUCAGUAAGCAGAAGGGCUACCUGGACGAGGAGCUGGACUACCGGAAACAGGCCUUGGACCAGGCCAACAAGCACAUCCUGGAGCUGGAAGCCAUGCUGUAUGAUGCCCUGCAGCAGGAGGCCGGGGCUAAGGUGGCUGAGCUGCUGUCAGAGGAGGAGCGCGAAAAGCUCAAGGUGGCCGUGGAGCAGUGGAAGCGCCAGGUCAUGAGUGAGCUGCGCGAGCGGGACGCCCAGAUCCUGCGGGAGCGCAUGGAGCUGCUGCAGCUGGCUCAGCAGAGAAUUAAAGAGUUAGAAGAAAGAAUAGAAGCUCAGAAGAGACAAAUAAAGGAACUGGAGGAAAAGCUUUCAUUCUCUGGUCAUAGUCCGUCUUGGCACCCUGACAUGCCCCACAUUGAAUUGGACCCUUUUCCUCCAGUGGGACCAGAGAGCAGGGACAAAAUGGGACAUCGCUUCUCCAUCCUGAAGACCCAGGGGGAUUUGGUCUCUGCACGCCAGUCCCGUGGAGGAAGAGUGAGAAGGGGCAGCGUGUGCGGCGCGGAGCUGCCGUCCACGUGGGAUGUGCCAGAACUAGAACUGGCUCUGCCGACUUCUUGGGGGCUUCUCCGGGAUAGGCCCGACCUUGGCUGCUGGACCCUGGGUCCCUUCUCCCGGAUGGCAGCCCCCAUCCCAGUUCCAGGGAUGUGUAGCAUUCCCUGCCAAGCAGGGGUGAGAACUGCUUCUGUGCAGAAGCACCAGCUGCGGGUCCCCUCCUCUCUCUUGGUUCUCACAGUAGCUGCCACUGGUGUCUGGAGGAUGAUUUUCAGAAACAACAGCGGUUUGGCCCGAUGACAAGAUGAAAGCUGUGACCUUCAUUCAAGGGAAUCUGGAGGCUCCCUGGGAUGGUCCUGGGAGGGCUCCCCGAUACCUCAGGGGCCCCUCCGAUGCUGCAAUGUGUUGCUAGGGUCCUGAGCACCCCCUGGCCAACAGACCCCACAUCCACCCUCGUUCAUCGUCAUCUCUGUGGGGACAGACGAGCCGUGGCCGCUGCGGGCCACGUGGUGCCAUCAACCCUCUGCCUCCCUUCCCAACCUGAGACAGGAAGGCCAAGAUCCCGCCCAAGCAGCCAGCUGGGAGCACCGUGGGACUGAGCCAAGGAAGGCGUGGGGAGCGUGGUGACAGGAGGUGGGACGAGGGGGCAGAGCUGGCUGGAACACGGAUGCCAAAGGCUGCCUCCGUAGUGCAUCUCCAGAAGUCACAGAGGCCUUGGGUGCCCAGAGCCACCCGGCCUGGAAGCCCCUGCACGGGCCAGCCCUGCAGGCCGUGGACCCCGGCGGGCACCGAAGCCUCACCCCAAGCCUUCGCACACAAGGAGCAGCCCAGGUGGGGACGGCGGGCGCAAGAAGGGAGCGGCUGGGACAGCCUUUUCCCUCCCGCUCUGUGUGGGGACACUGUACGAGCCGUGGAGCAAGAGGCUGACAGAGAGGAAGCAGUGCACUGCUGAAGGCAACGUUACGUGUGAUUUCCAUUCCUGCUGGGAGACCCAGGCCGCAGCCCGGGAGCUUCGUCCAGCCUGUGGAUGGAGCUUGACUGGCUGCAGAUGGAACUUCUGUGUCCUCCCACCCUUGGUGGUCUAAGGUUAUUGCUCUCAGAGCUGAAUUGACAGGAGGUGUGUGUGUGCACACGCUCACUUGUGUGCACAUGCAUGCGUUUAUGCAUGUUUUCACUCAACCAGAAGAGCAAUUCGUGGGAUUUAGCCAUUUUGAGGCACCUAGAAGUUGAGGCAGUUAGAUGUGCAGCCAGAUGCAAAUGUAACGUGCAGCAUCGUAUAAAAGAAGCGACUCAGCUGCUGUAGGGAGGACUGGGUUGUCUGGAAGUAUUAGGUUCAUCUUAUAUUUGUGUCAGAAGAAUGUCUGACUUUGGGGCAGAUGACAUAGUGGCUGCAGACCAGGCACGCCUCCCUAGGUUGAAAUCAGGCAAAAGCUAAUAGUAUCAGACAGAUAUGCUUUUUCUUUGGCGGCUGCAGGAUUUCUGCUGGAAAAUGCACUAUUAAUCAGCACUUGUCCAAGAAAGACCCAUCCCUUUCUGUUGUCAUUCAAGCCACAGUUCCUGAUUUACUUGGCAAGAUACUGGGCUAGUUCAGUGUCUCUAGCUGAGCCUGACCUCGGGGUUUGCGUCUCAAGUUGGAAAUCUUGUUAGUCCUCUGUGCAUAGUUUUGUCUCAUUUUAAUGACUGCAUCUUCUUGAUACAUUUAUUAUACUCAGAACUGAAUGGCACACAAUAGCCUUGUGUUAAUAAAAGCUGCCGUGGCGCUAUGGGUGAACCGCUGGGUUGAAGUCCGAUGGACUCUACGAUGCAGGCAUCCAGAAAUAUGUUGUAACUCUAUCUGGCUCCCUGCCAGUCUGGCCUCCUCUGGGAGAGCUCCUGGCAUGGUCCCAGUGUGUACCUGCAUGGGAACAACAGCUGCAUGGGCCAGCUGUUUUGGAUAGAAAGAUGUGCAGUGAAACUCAGAUUCCCAGGUUCACAUCCCUCAUGUUUAUUUGGGUCAUCAUGGUUUAGCAUGUUGUAUAUAUGUCUGGAGCACUUCAUACACCUCUAUCCACCACAGACAUUCUUAAUCACAGUUCUGUAAUAACAAUAAGGCAAACUAUACAGCAAAGAGAAGCAUGUAAAUAUGUACCAAAUUCUUAUGAAGUUGUAAUUGUUUAUAUGUAAAAAGUAUGUAUAUAGGAAAGGGAGAAGGUGCAAGGAAUGUGCUGAAUAACAUCCAAACUGCAUUGCGUCUCUGCCCCAUUCCUGAAAGCACACAUCUAAUUGGAGCAUCAGUUCCUCUCCUUAGAUAUCAUUGUUUUCACUCGUCUAUCAUAGGCACCUUCUUUACAUCUGAUUACAAUAUCCAGCAUUUCAGACUGGGUUUUUGCCCCCAAAAAGGUAAAUAUGAGCAUUUAUCAUUGACUCCUCCUGGUCCAGUGAACAGCAGCAGAAUUCAAGUAUUUAAAAAUAAGGUGCAUUUCUAAAUUGCAGGCUGUACCUUCUUUUCCAAACCAAUGGGCUACAGUGAAUUUCCUCCAGGUACUUGGGCUGUCUUACUGCUAGCUCUUCUAACAGGGGAAGUCUGUAUAAAUGCAUCACCCCCUAAUAAGGCAAGAGGAAGGACCCUGAAAUGUUGCCAGAAACAUUUACUGUGUAACUAGGACAUCAACAUUUACAUUAUAUUGUAUUAACAUCAUCACACUCUGUGUUCAACACACAGAACAACAUAGAUACUUUAGUUUGUCUAAAGUAAAAAUCCACAUAAAUCGCAGAUUCCUCUGUUGACACCAGUGUGUUGUUUACCUUGUGCCCAUGGUCCAGAUUUUGAGCUGGAGAAGGACUAUGGCUGUUCCUUAAAGUCUCUGCCCUUGCAGAAUCUGUAGCCUUCAGGAUACCCCGAGUGCCUUACAGGGCUUGUGAACACCGACACUAGAAGUCAAAAAGAAGAGAGUGCCCAAGUGUGGGUUUGGAGGCACUGACGCAUUCGCCAACUCACUGUCAUCCCAUCCUUGAAACCCUGAGAGAGAGUGUGUGGUUUAUCACAGUAAUGGAAUUAAGUUUAGGCUCAGGAAACUUAUAUUGUGAAUAUAGGUAUCAAAUCAUAUAUUUGUUUACUGUAUAUUUUUUAAAAAGCUUUAUUGUAAAUUUAUGCAAAAACUAACCGGGCCUGUUUUCUUACGGCAGCAUGCCGGGUAGUGUGUGUAUUCUCCCAGGCACUCCCUUCAUAGUCACCCUCUAACCACGUGACAUUCUGUUCCGUGCUAAGCAGUAUUCACAGGCCUAACAUAGGUUUGUAUGGUGAUCUACAAGAUUUUACAAAUAUUUUUGUAUUGUGAUUCCUAUGAUAUAUACCAGAGAAUUUUUUACUCAUUUGUAAAUUAUUGUACAGUUUUAAUAAAAAAUGUUUUAAAUCUUA